AUGGGAGGCAGCCUUAGUUUUGUCAACGAGCUCCUAAAUCUGAGGCCAGAAUUCACAAAAGAUUUGAGCAAUCAAGGUUUCAGUCCCUUGCAUAUUGCUGCAGCUAAUGGGGAUUUAGAGAUCAUAAAAGAGCUCCUGAAAUUAGGUGAUAGUUUGUGUCUGGUUAAGGGAAAGGAUGGAAGAAUUCCUCUACACCAUGCAGUGAUCAAAGGCAGAAUACAAGUCAUUAAAGAACUGAUUUCAGCCAGUGAAGAUAGCAUAAGAGAAGUGACGGCACGUGGUGAAACUUCUCUCCAUCUGGCUGUGAAAAACAACCAAUUAAGAGCCUGGCAGUCAUCCAGGAAGCAAUACGAGGUUGUUGAGUUGAUGCUGGAUGAGAAAUUUGUUAGGAAAGGCUUGUUGGAUGUGAAUUCCUUGAACGUAUUACUAUCAGAAGGGGGUGAUGGUGAAAUUGAGGAAAUGCUUAGGCUAGCUGGGGCUUCAGUUCGACAGACAACACAAACUGAGAACAGGGUCGUUCCCACUCGUGAUCCAAACGAUGAAUUAAGGAGAGAUAGGCCUCGGAAGCCCUAUAAGAAAUUGCAGGACUACUUCAAAUUUGACAAAGCUAAAGAGACUCCACGUGACGUCCGAAGUACAUUGCUUGUGGUAGCUAUAUUAAUCACAACUGCAACUUAUCAAUCCGUCCUUAGUCCACCUGGUGGUGUUUGGCAGGAAGACUUUAGCCCUACCAGUAACAGUAACACCACACAGCCACCAGCACAUACUGAUGGAAAGGCAGUGAUGGGAACACAGAAUUCAGUUUCAUUCGGUCUAUUCCUGAUUUUCAACUCAAUUGGGUUUUUCACAUCUGUUUAG